CCAAAUCGCCACAGUUCAGCACCAAAAUCAAAAUCCGAGACCAUCUCACUAGCAGUUCGCUCUUCAAUCUUCAGUCGAAAAGAUGUCUGGACGUGGAAAGGGAGGCAAGGGAUUGGGAAAGGGAGGAGCAAAGCGUCACAGAAAGGUACUCAGAGAUAACAUUCAGGGCAUUACCAAGCCUGCAAUUCGCCGUUUGGCUCGUAGAGGAGGUGUCAAGCGUAUCAGUGGAUUGAUCUAUGAAGAAACCAGAGGUGUUUUGAAGAUCUUCUUGGAGAAUGUGAUUCGCGAUGCUGUGACCUACACCGAGCACGCCAGGAGGAAGACGGUGACCGCCAUGGAUGUGGUCUAUGCCUUGAAAAGGCAAGGAAGAACUCUGUAUGGCUUUGGAGGUUAGGUUUAGAGUUUAAUUUCACGAAUGAUUGUAUAUCUAGGAUUUAAUUUCCUAGUCAUUGAGAUUUCUGUUAGUCUUUCUCUGAAGCUGUUCAUCGCUGUUCAUCGUAGUUCUGGCAAUGAAAUUCUAGUUCGUUGUGUGAUUAUUGUCUGUCCACUAAAACUAUGAACAUGUAUAACGCUUAAACCGAAUUUUUAGAUAGAAUGAGUGUUCGAACAUAUUAUUUGUAGGAUGAACAUGUUUAAAUGAAUGGUGGUGCGUUCUUAAGCUUA